UGCAAGGCAUCACGGUGAAUUGGUUACCAGGGCAGGCUUGGAUUUAGGCAAGGCCUUGGUUUCCUAGUGUGGAAAAUGGGGAUGACGGUAGGGCCUGCUCGAGGAGGGCCAUGGCAGUGGGGUUCGUGGGGUGUGCUGUCUGCCAUGCCUCAGGCUGGGCCAGUCAGUAGUCUACGUAUGUCUUCCCUGAAGCUGCUGGAGCUUGGGUUCCACCUUCAGCAUGGGUACCCCAAAAUGUGCUGUGUGGUCUGAGGGUCAGGCUGAGGGCUGGGUGUGGGCGGUAGCCAGUGGUCUUCCAGGAGGCUCCUCCCCAUUGGAUCCCAUGUUCCUGUGCGGCUUACCUGGACUCAGAGCCGAGAACUGGAAUAAAUCAACCAGAUUAUCUCUGUUUGACAUUCCAAGGAGGCUUGGGAGAGGAUUUAUGGACUAGGGCGAGAGCUGCCCUGCUCAGCCCUUUCCUGGCCUGGGUGUGGUGUGAUCUCCUUUUGGUAGAACUCUGAAGCUGACCGCUGAGUGUACUGGUAGGCUGGUCUGUCUGUGGCUGGGACAGAGUGUACCUUGGGGAAGUUUGGCAGGGGCAGCCAAAAUCCAGGUAGGCAGGAGGUGGCCUUUCCUUAUGAAACCUCAGACUUGCUGCUAUUGGUCUUCGGCUGGCCCAUCCCUUCUAAGGCUGGCUGCUGCAGAGAGACCAGGCAAUACUGGAGGGAGCUAAGGGGCUGGACUCAGGACUCACAAGAGGGAGGAGGUUUCUGGGCACCUGGAAGGAGAACUGCCUGAGGUGUGUGCAGCUGCCGGAAGGGGAAGCUCCUCCGUGCCCUCUGUGCCCUGGCUGCCUAUAGAUCCUCACCCCUGGACACUGGGAACCAGGACUCUCGGACUGAGCACACACCCUGCCCUGGUCUCUGCGGCUGCACCUUCUCAGUGCUGAUGCACUGACGGGAAGGCCGGCAGGAAGGGGUAGGCAGGGCUGGCCAUGGCUGCUCCAGGCCCCACCUAGGCUCCUGAGCCCCGGAGGGAGAGCUCCUAGGGGCUCCCAGGGGCGUGCUGCUGAUGGGUCUUGCCCCCUCUGCCUCUCGGCAAGGUGCCAGGAAGUUGGAACUUUGUUAUCUGGGUAAUUAGCUUCAAACCCUGGACUGAGUCCGGUUGGGUCUUAGGGCUGCUUCCCACAGGUUGUGCACCCUGACCCCACAGGGAGGUGAGGCCCUGCCGGCCGAGCAGCUGAGGGGCUAGGCCUGCCUGGGAGUGCUGUGGGUGCCCCCUACGCUGUCCUUGCCUCUUGACCCAGCCUUGCCAGGGGCAGAGGGCACCAACCCUUAGGAAGGGGAUGCACCCGAGGGUGCCUGUUCAGCCAGCUGCCCCGCCCCUCAGGCCCAGCCUGGCUCCCAAACCCCCCAUUGUGGUGCCCCAAGUAGCCCUGUGGGCAGACACCUACCAUCAUGGCCGAGCACCUGGAGCUGCUGGCAGAGAUGCCUAUGGUGGGCAGGAUGAGCACUCAGGAGCGGCUGAAGCACGCCCAGAAACGACGUGCCCAGCAGGUGAAGCUGUGGGCCCAGGCUGAGAAGGAGGCUCAGGGUAAGAAGGUCCACGGGGAGCAGCCACGGAAGGAGGCAGCCGACCAAAGGCCACAGAAAAAGGUCCUCUUCCUUCCCAGCAUUGCCCUUCUAGAAGCUGCUGCCCGAAAUGACCUCGAGGAAGUCUGCCAGUUCCUCAGGAAUGGGGUCAGCCCUGAUCUGGCCAAUGAGGAUGGCCUGACAGCACUGCACCAGUGCUGCAUAGAUGACUUCCAAGAGAUGGUGCAACAGCUCCUGGAGGCCGGGGCUGACGUCAAUGCCCGAGACAGUGAGUGCUGGACGCCUCUGCAUGCUGCAGCCACUUGUGGUCACUUGCACCUGGUGGAGCUCCUCAUCUCCUGUGGGGCAGACCUCCUGGCAGUUAACACUGAUGGAAACAUGCCCUAUGACCUGUGUGAAGAUGAACAGACACUGGACUGCCUGGAGACCGCCAUGGCCAGCCAAGGCAUCACCCAGGAUAGCAUUGAACAAGCCCGUGCAGUGCCAGAGCUGCGCAUGCUGGAUGACCUCCAGAGCCUGCUGCGUACUGGGGCUGACCUCAAUGACCCCCUGGACCAUGGAGCCACACUGCUGCACAUCGCUGCCGCCAAUGGGUUCGGCGAGGCAGCUGCGCUGCUGUUGGAGCAUGGAGCCAGCCUGAGCGCCAAGGACCGAGAUGGCUGGGAGCCACUGCAUGCUGCAGCCUACUGGGGCCAGGUGCAUUUGGCGGAGCUGCUUGUGGCCCAUGGGGCUGAUCUGAAUGGCAAGUCCCUGAUGGAUGAGACGCCCCUGGAUGUGUGUGGGGAUGAGGAGGUGCGGGCCAAGCUGCUGGAGCUGAAGCACAAGCAUGAUGCACUCCUGCGAGGCCAGGGUCGCCAACGCUCCCUCCUGCGCCGCCGCACUUCUAGUGCAGGCAGCCGAGGGAAGGUGGUGAGACGGGUGAGCCUGACCCAGCGCACCAACCUGUACCGCAAGGAGCACGCCCAGGAGGCCAUCGUAUGGCAACAGCCAUCGCCCACCAGCUCAGAGCCGCUGGAGGAUGACGAAGACCGUCAGACAGACGCUGAGCUCCGGCUUCCACCCCCAGAGGAAGAUGACCCCAACGUGGCCAGGUCACACAAUGGCCGGGUAGAGGGUCCCCCAGGGCGGCACCUGUACUCCAAGCGGCUGGACCGGAGUGUUUCCUACCAGUUGAGUCCACUGGAGAGCGUGGCUCCCAACGACCUGGUCCGGGACAAGGCCCACCAAACCCUGGCAGAUCUCAAGCGCCAGCGAGCUGCCGCCAAGCUUCUGCGACUGUCACCUGAGGGCCCUGAGGCCCCUGAGCCUAGCCUGCCUACUGAUACUGAGACCUCCCAUCCAGGCUGUGGCUCCAGGGCAGGCGGGGACCCACCCCUGCUCAAGCUCACAGCCCCCUCGGAGGAAGCUCAUGUGGAAAAGAGGCCCUGCUGCCUCCUCAUGUGAGGGCCAGUGCUCAAGGUGGCAGGGGCCCAUCCCCAGGCCCAGCCAGAGUGUAUGCCCUGAUACUGCAGGCAGGCAGCUAGCGUAGAGUCUCUCCAGCUUCCCCCUCCCAGGACACUGGCCCUUUCUCAGGGAUGGACCUGUGGCAGAGCCAUACUGCAACAUCAGCUGCAAAGACUUUAUCCUGUGACUCUUGAUAAAGGGCUGUUUGCCACCAAA